CAGUUUGCAGAAGACACGUCAUCAUUUCACUCGUCUUGGUCUCCUCUCUCCUGCACUCUCCUUCAGAAACCCUAGAUCAUCUCAACCCUUUCCUCCUGCACUCGAUUGCUAUAUAUACAUGACCUACUUGCUAAAUCAAAUAUCUCACCUCACCCUGCUAAAACCUUAUCUUCUUCACUGUGUUCAACAACAUAGAGUCUUUCACUACUGAUCCAACUUGAAUCCCCAGGACACAAAACAACCAGAUAUGGAGGAGUAUCCCACGGGUUUCAGGUUCUAUCCAACUGAGGAAGAACUCAUUUCGUUCUACUUGCACAAUCAGCUUCACGGCCUUAAGCAAGACAAGAUUCACCGUGUCAUCCCAGUCCUUCAUAUUUUUGACACCGAGCCAUGGAAUCUCCCGCAGCUUGCGGGAGAGCUGUGCAGAGAAGACAGAGAGCAGUGGUUCUUCUUUGCGCCUUUGCAGGAGAGAGAGGCAAGAGGAGGUCGGCCCAGCCGGAGCAUGGCCACAGGCUACUGGAAGGCUACUGGGUCUCCCCGUUAUGUCUACUCGUCUGACAACAAGGUGAUCGGCGUGAAGAAGUCCAUGGUUUUCUACGUGGGAAAAGCGCCCACUGGAAGAAAGACCCAGUGGAAAUUGAAUGAGUACAGGGCCAUUGAACUCUCGCCGACCAAGCCCAAUUCCACGAGCAGUAAUAUUUCCAUUCCCAAGCUGAGAUAUGAAUUCACAUUGUGCCGAGUGUAUGUUGUGUCCGGGAGCUCUCGAGCAUUUGAUCGCCGGCCACCAAAAGCAAUGGCUGGAGAGACAACAAUCCAGGGUGGCGACAACGCUGCUAUUAGCAGAGGCGGUGGAUGUGGAGAUGCAUCUUCAUCAGGAGUAGUAGCAGCCAAUGUAGGAAGUUCCCAUCAAUGGGAGACGGCAAGUUUGGAAGGACCAAUUUGGGAUUGGGAGCAACUGGAUUGGCUCUAAUUUCAUG